CAGGGCUGCCCACGUCCUCACCAUGUCUGAUGGGGACUAUGACUACCUGAUCAAGUUCUUAGCCCUGGGAGAUUCCGGCGUUGGCAAGACCAGCCUCCUCUAUCAAUACACCGACAGCAAGUUCAACUCCAAAUUCAUAACGACGGUGGGCAUCGACUUCCGGGAAAAGAGAGUGAUGUACCGACCCAACGGGCCAGAUGGCCUCAGUGGCAGGGGACAGAGGAUUCAUCUUCAGCUGUGGGACACCGCAGGGCAAGAAAGGUAUCGGAGCCUGACGACGGCCUUCUUCCGAGACGCGAUGGGGUUCCUCCUCCUGUUUGACCUGACCAACGAGCAGAGCUUUCUGAGUGUCCGCAACUGGAUGAGCCAGCUACAAACGCAUGCCUACUGCGACAACCCAGACGUGGUCCUGUGCGGGAACAAAAGCGACCUGGAAGAGCAGAGGGCAGUGCAAGAGGAGGAUGCCAAGGAACUGGCGGAGAAAUACGGGAUACCGUACUUCGAAACGAGCGCAGCCAACGGGACCAAUGUGAGCAAGGCCAUUGAGACGCUGCUGGACCUCAUCAUGAAGCGCAUGGAACGGUGUGUGGACAAAUCCUGGAUCCCGGAAGGGGUAGUCCAGUCCAACGGUCACAGCUCAACAGAGCGGCUCACUGAGGAGAAGGAGAAAAGCAAAUGCAGCUGUUGAGGGCCCAGGCAGACGACAGCAG